AUGGUUCGCGUUUCCACUUUCGCUGCUAUACUCGCCAUGGCCCUCUCUGUCACCGCAAAUGUCACGCCCAACGAUGCAGGCGCCAAGAACGUCGGCACAGGUAACGGCCAGCAGUUCAUCACAGGAGGUUGCGUCAACGGCACCGAUUGCCAGUCGAGAUGCUGCGCUGGAAACGGGGAGAACAAGGGAGUCUGCUCCAACGAAGUCGCUGCCAACCAAAAUGGCAAGACUGGCUGUGGGUUCGAAGACCCCAACAAGGCCCAGACCGUUAAGGAAGCCAAGGAGCAGGUCAAGAAGCAGGGUUUCUAA